UCAGCUUCCACUCUUUGAUAUCUAGAUAGCAGCUGUGCGUUUGCAUCAGAUUUUCUUUGUGAUCUUGGAGUUGGACUUGCACGGUGGUUGCAUCAUGGACGUCCAUUUUGCACACUAGGAAACAGAUACAUGAAUGGAGACACUCGCAGUCUUACCUGCGCAGCAGCUACGUUUUUCUAAUGGUAAACAACGGCACUCGCUGAAGCAUGAUGGCGUGUUGCAGGAUGCAGGAGAUUUCAUACAUUGUGAUGUUGGACCGAGGUCUGCUCAGACAGAUGGUGGGGGUGGGGGGCUAAGGAGCACAGUAAACAGAACUGCCUGUUCUGUGUCUGUCAGCAACACCAAGGCAUCUUCAUAUUGGCCGUACAUCGCUGCUGCAGUGAGUCUGCUGGGUACACCAUGCUGCGAUUGCAUAACUGCCCCUCCAGAACCCACCCCUCCCUCAUGCGCCAUCUAAAAUAUGUUUUACAUCUUACAGGCAAGUUCAAUGUGAGUCUGAACCGCUUCUUAAAAAAACAAAAAAAAUCAUUUAAUCAAUCAAACCAAAGCUACUGAGGAUGGCUGAUCAAUAAUCACCACUGAGGUUCAGUUUCAGCCAGCGUUUCCACAUUUCUGCUCUGCCGCGAUGCUGCGAGAGCAACAUGGAUGAAAGCAACGGCUGUGUGGCUGUAAUGAAUUGUCAGUCAAAAUGGCCUACAGUGGCUGACAGCAGGGCUGAAUUAUUCAAAACAACGCCUCCUCUCAAACUCUCAGAGCACUCAGCGGCAUCAGAGACAAACAUCAGACCACCAUCAUGCAUUUUAGAAGAAGGUGAACAUGUGACUUCGGAAAGAUGUGCUGAUUUAAGAAACACCAAGAGAUGGUAAACAAAGACAUUUUUGAGGUUCAUGAAAUGUGGGCGAUGAGAUGACAAUCUUGGUUCCCACUGCCAUUUUAACACCAGUGAUAUCGCUGUUUCCUUCAGUGCACCAGGGAAAUAUUAAAUGUAUCAAUCUAGAACAAUUUUACUGCAAUAUUUGUUUACCGAUCAACAUGACAAUUUCAAAUACAAAUGCAUGUGAGCGUGAGGGAUCAUCUUUUUAUUAGUGAAUGAGCAUAAAAGAGCAGAAUGCAGCUGUCCUCUAAUGGAUUUAUGCAACAUUUAAUCCACUUUAAGAAACAUAAACACGAUGUGCAUGAGAGAUGAAGCUGCAUAUUAUGAAUGUGGGGAUUUGUCCUAUCUGGUCAGAGGUUAUGCAAUAAAAACAGCACAUUACAGGUCAGUAAUAUUGCCAGGCUUUUUCUCCAGAGGAGGCAUGAAUGUGGACACACAGCUCCACAUUGUCUGAAUACCUGACUGCGCGCUGCUGGUAUGUGAAGCCGCAGACUCUGUCCUCUCAGGGUCAAGACUGGUCAUGGGAUGGGUGGACGGGGUGCAGGGCGGACAAGAAGGCAGCGAGUGUUCAUUGAGAGAGGAGAGCAGGUAGAGAGGCAGAUGAUCUGCAUGACUCAUUCAGAUCACACUGAACCUCUCCACACGCUGUGGUAGGGAUAGUUUGCCAGAAAAAAGAAACAUGUAGGGAGGAAUUUCAAGGCGAUAAGAACAUUCUCGGCAUAUCUCUACCUCUCUCCUUUUGGGUGGGACUUUAUCACGACAGAUGCUAUAAAAGAUGCGGCGGCUGAUUCCCGUUGUGUUUGGUUGUCUUCCUGUGGAAUGCAAAGGGUGCCGCAGUGAUCGGUCAUCUGAGGGUGAGAAUGUUCUCCUCUGCAACUCUAUGCUUUCCACUCCUCUUUCUCCUCUCGCCAGCGACGACCAGGUCAAAUGCCUGCCAUGAUUUCAUUAGUGUAAUAAUUCCCCAGCAGAGAGUGUAAACACACACGCACACACACACACACACCCAGGAUGUAAAGACUGUGAGAGCUGCGGCCCGGGCCCUCUCUGCUGAGAGAUCAGCCUCUUACAUAACAGCAGAGGACUCUGUCGAUAAGGGAAGGGGCUGCGCCAAAUCUGGCCCAUCAGCAGGCCGUCUGCAUUCGUUGUCAGCUCUUUUCAGAGCAUCAGCACCAAUUAGAGAGUCAUUUUUAGCUGCUUCAUCUCCAAGCCUCAAAAGAUUCCUUUGUGGACCGGAUUUUUUUGUGUGAGCUGGAUCCCUGCGGUCGGGUUUGAUAUCAAGAUCCAAGUCUGAUAGCUGCGCCCGGUUGAUGGAGAAAACGUGAGGAGGAGACACAUUUCCCAUUUGAAUCUGUGACAAAAGAGACAAGUUCUAAGGCGUCUUUCCGACUUGUUGCUUCCUUCUCUUUUUACAAGUUCUGGCUACCUGCCUCCCUCCUGAGGAAUUCAUGAGCCUUUGAGAGACUCCUACUCUAUGAUGCAUUUUAACUCCUCAAAAGAAGACCAUCUCCAGCCAACUCAUCUGUGACUCCUUGAAACAGACUUGUCUUACACUUGAAGUGAAAACCAGAGACAGAAAGGGCACAAGGCGUGUGAAGGAAACAGUGGAAGAUCGUCUCCAGGAGGACCACUAUAUAACAUCUAAGACUUUUUCUGGACUUCUUGGAAAUAGUAAAUACAUAGACAACCACACGAGUACUGUUUGUAUAUAUUAAUGUUGAUGUGCAUAUGAGAUUAUUUAUUGGUGUUUUCUCCGAUUGAGAGCUCUGUGCUACUGUCUGUUGUCUGUGAAUCCAAGUUGUUGAAAUAGCCAUUUAAAACAUCAGCAUUUGUGAGACCAACAAGAAGAAAAGUACCUUUAAGCUGUCAACACCGGUCAGAUAGCGUAAGCUGUUGCGGCGUCCGCUGACACCCGCUGCAAGGUGCUCUGACUCUGCUCCUUUUAGGACUGUCAGAAGAAACAUGGAGGCCACCAUUCGUCCUCAUGUCCCCUCAAAUGGUUGACUUCUCUGAAGAGAUCUAAACGCAUACCAUCUGAAGCCAUUGCCUAAGCAGAUCUCUCUUCUAUCUCCAAAAGACAAAGUUGCGAAUGUCCUGCCUCAGGCGUCAGCCCGUCACCAUUCCGAUGGACACCGUGAAGAUCAUCCAGUCGGAGAAGUUCCCCAGAGAGUGCCCCGUCCCCGUCACCCAGCCUCGCUAUGCUCCGCCUCCCAGAGUGGCAUGGGACGGUGGCGGCGAAGGAGAAAUUAUCGUCAACCAAGCCUGCAGUGACCUGACGCUGGACAUGACGGGCUCCCCACGACCAAUGGUGCCCUCGCCCGUCCCUCUGAUCCGCAGGGAGCAGAGCUUCCUCGCGCAGCGUAAAACCAGUGCCAACGAGAUCUGCUACCACCAAUUCCACUACAAGAUGGAAGACGUGAUAGUCAACCAGUACGUGCUGCGCUCCUCCUCAACCUCCUCUUCCUCGUCCUCCUCUUCCUCGUCAGGACCCGUCAUGCCCUGUGAGCCACUCGACUGCCCCACCUGUGGGCACACCUACAACUUCGCCGGCAAGCGUCCUCGCAUCCUGUCCUGUCUGCACUCCGUGUGUGAGGAGUGUCUGCAGAUACUCUACGAGUCCUGUCCCAAGUACAAGUUCAUCUCCUGCCCCACCUGCCGACGUGAGACGGUGCUGUUCACUGACUACGGCCUGGCUGCCCUGGCCAUCAACACCAGCAUCCUGAGCCGUUUGCCCUCGGAUCCCAACGGGCCGGUGCAGUGGGGCGGGGAGGCCGACCGCAGCUGCUACCAGACUGUGCGCCAGUACUGCCAGUCGGCCUGCACCUGCCAGAUCGCCAACCCCUUGUCGUCCUGCGGCAUCAUGUAGGCGAGGACGACGCUGCAGACUGGACUCACGCUGCUCCCCCUCACCCACUAUUGCCAAUAAGCUAUCACCUUUCUGCAGCGCCCCCAUCUCACCCCCAUAAAUCCCUCCACAGAUGUUAUCUCUAUAUAUUUAAUAGCACAGAUGGUCACUGUGUGGGACUACUGGAUGUCGGUGGAAGAGAGAGUAAAUACAUGUAUUUUAUGUAUGAACUGGAAUCCUAUUCACCCUCUUGUUUGGUUGGAUGUAUUUGUCAUUGACUUCUCUUUACAUGGGAAUGCCAGGGGAGGUCAACCCUCCCCCCCAACCUAGGUGAAUAAAGAUUAAAUUGCGACAA